AUGUCACGAUUUGAAAUGCGUCAAUGGCUAGUCAAGCUUGUCCCGGAGACCAUCAAGACGGCGGCUGGAGUCGGUAUCGGGUUCUUCCUCACAGAGACUGGGCUUCCUUACUCCGCCGGUAUCGGUGCCAUAACUGGAGUUGCCAGAUGCCCUGUCGAGAUGAUUGACGCUGAAACUCAGAUGUGCGCCGGUGGCAUCAUGUCAAGUCCGAAGCUGUGGACUGCCAUCUUUGCCGGCGGUAUUUUCACGGCCUACUUGAUGUCUUUCCGAGCCAAGUAUGCAUUUAUCAUGGGUAUUGCCCUAGUGUCGAUCCUGUCAUGGCCGGGUGUAUUCGUGCACACCUUUCUCAACAGCCUCAUGAUCCUGACCGUAUGGCUCUCAGGAGGCAGGCUCGAGCCCCUCAAGUAUGACGCCAAAGAGUACUGGUCCUGGAGGGCCUCUGGCACGAAACCCUAG